GGAUUUUCGAUCUUCACCGAACACCAAUGAUGGAUUCUAUUUCUCACUUACCACAACAGAAGCAUGAAAAUACGGAACUAUUUUAUGUCGCGCAUACAGUCAUAACGUAAUGAAGCCUUAUCACACAUCAUCGAUUUGAGUGUACAGCGAGGUCAACAGUAAAUUAUCAAAUUCAAGAAAAUUAACGGAUUAAACAGUGUUUAAUGUUUAACUUAUAACAGUGGAGAAGAAAACGCGUUAAGAAAUGUAACAACAACUGUUAACAGUGAAUUAUGCUGUUGGGAGUCAAAUACGGAAUUGAUUAGUUUUGAGCUAUUUUUAGACACGGCAUAUUAUACAUGCAGUUCAGACAGCUGAAUUCAGUGAAAACAACAUAAACGACGCUGAAAACUAUCACUGGUCAAUGCGUGGCCUCUUUGGUUGGUCAAUAUGCAGAGAAAUAUUGAAUGUGCCUCCGUAAAUGUUCGAAUUUCCAAAAAUGGAACUCAGUGCACGGUUGGUGUCAAUGUUGAAGGAGGAUGUUUCUUGAAGUUGUGCCUGGGAUAUGUGUACUUGGGAGCUUCUUGUUGGUGCUGAAUGGUGGAGAUCCUGUGGCUGUUUUAAAUUGUUACUAUGCUGUGGCAUGACAUUCUCUUUCAAGUCUUGGUCAGUUGAAGACAAGAUUCGAUUCUGGACAUAUUUUGCUGAUGCCUGUUAGUGAUCUUCCUGUAGUUGUUUAGAGAAUGUGGAUUUUUGUGACCAGUUACAUGGGCUGCUUGACCAUCUGGAACAUUAUUGUUCAAAAGUUUCUGGCACAAAUGCUUUCUGACACUGGUGUUUGUCAAGCGUUUGUUGUUACGACUAGGUUCAUACUCCUUCCCAUUCUUUUGGCGAACACCGAUAAAAACUGAGAGAUGUGUACAUCCAAUUCUGAUGCAGGUAUCUGGUGAAUUGGACGAAGCUCAUUCUGGAGUGCGAGGCUCUAUUGCUGUGAAGCAUUUGUUUAAAUGGACUUCAAAGCCAAGUGUGUUAAGAUGUGGCAGUGGAUCAAUGAUACCUGUAGUUUAGAAAGGGAGCUUGCUCAAAUCAAGACUGGUACAAGGCCAGUUACUAAUAAUUCACUUGAUUUAUCAUUCAAACUAACCUGUGCUGGUAAUGGCAAAAUAGGCUUAGAUUCAGUGGGAGACUCAAUGCUGAAUGCAGGCAUUUCACACAACUUUUCUGCAACAUAAGGAGCCUGAUCAAAGGAUUGCAUGUUUGAGUUGUCAACAAAGGAGAACAGGUUGUUCAGCUCUGUAAGGUCAAAAUCAUCCAAGAUCGAAUCUUCAAAUACAUCUGUUUCAUUUCUCUGAAAUAUGGAACUAGAAGAUGUUGUGUAGACUUCAUUUCUUGACACUGUAUCUGUAGCAGUUCUCUUGUUUGUUUGUUUAUCAAAGUUAAAAAAACAGUCUGGUAAACCCUUCACCAGUUCAUGUUUUGCCACCGUUAUAAUUUGUCCAUCAUUGAAUAACUGCACUUUGUACAUGCAAUUAGUUCCUAGUGGGCGAACGAUGUCCGUUAUUUUACCUUUCUCACCAUUCGAUCCCACUUGAACAGUGUCCCCGACCGAAAAAUCAUGCAUUGUUUACAAUUUUUGACACAAGCGUUAUUUUGUACUCGCCAAGGAAAGCAACUCUAUGUAAGCGAUCUCGUGAUUUUACAUAUAUCUACCUCCCUUGAUGUAAGGCGUAAGAAUAAGAAAGUACUUCCCACGCGGAGUGUGGAAUAAACCCAUGUGAGAUAAGAUUUUCCAGCACUGCUAAAAAUAGAGAUUUUUCUGUCCGAUAAGUGAGAAAAGACAGGAAACAAUCACAGAAAAGUGUUUAUCUAAGCAAUAAGGAGUAUGCUAUUCCAAGCUUCGACCACUCUUGCAUACGAUAACUCUCGUCACAGAACUAUGACAAACCUCUGAUGGAAUCGAAUGGGUUUCAGAGGAAGCGCAUAGCUUGUCGUUAUAUUGUAACGACUCGAACAAUGGGGACUUACCAUUUUCAUGUUUUAUAAAAUAAGUCAUCGAUCUUGGCUGUGAUUUGAACUGUUUAAGAGACAUUCCCUCACAAGCUGACAGUAACGAAACACAGAAUUGUACACAUAUGUGUUGAUCUACAUAAUAUGACAGACCAAACUCAUAUUAUACACCUCCAUGUUCGUUUUAAUCUUAUCCGAACUCUGUUUACAUUUACCGAGAGACAUCCGUUUCGGCUGGUGCACAUUUAAUCCAGAUUUUGUAACAUUUUCCUACAUGUGAAUCAUUAUAGACUUUGCACAAUUAAUCUACAGUACUUAAUUGUUGUUAAAGAUAAGUGUCAUCAUUUUGUACAGUCUGAAUUUUGCAUAAAUCACAAUAUUUUCAUGAUAACUCUCUGAAUUUGUCACAUUUCCUGACAGGAUAUGCAUCCUUAUUCGCAUUGCAUUGUUGGACUAUUUACCGUUACUAAGCAACAUAAAUUAUCGUUGUCAUCUUUUAAGAUGUUUAAACCACUUGUACAUGCUAGAAUUAACUCAAUGGUGCAUAUUUUGAUGUUCUUUUCAUCCUUACACCAUUUAAAGUCGCCAUUUUUAUGAUACGGCAGUAUUCAGCAGAGUUUAACGUUUUAGGUCACUGUGACCAUUCGGUCACUGUGACCCGUCGGUCACUAACCAUUUGGUCAAUUUACCCAAAGUAACCCAUUUUUACUGUUUUGGUAACCUUUUUGGGUCACUUUCUCUGGAAAACUAUAAAAGGGCCCGAUUUUGGCCAUCUGCAAUAACUUCAGCUCAAACUUUCAGACCUAAAGCCACGUUUGGCUUGUUUCAAUAGAUUUUCAUUAAAAUGAACACUAUGCUGAACAUAGAUGUAAGAAAGUUGCUCUGCAAUCAGAAUUUAUAUUAAUUAAAAGCCAUUGGUCUAUAAAAGCCCUUUUUGAUACCUCAUUUAGUAACAUUUCUACAAGUUUUAUCUACACAGAUGUAUUUACAUAUUCAUGCCUUAUUUAAAGUAAAGGCAAUUAAUGGAUUUAUAUAAAGUACUGAGAAUAUAAGUGACUAUAUUUUAUAGAAGGAAUUUCUGUUGCUGAACAGUGUCUUUGAAUCUGCAUCAAUAUUUACAAGUUAUGGAACGCCAGAUCAGUCAUAAAUAGAUUAAUCUAAAAAGAGAUGUAUAUUAAAUCUUGCAUUUUGUACCUGUAAAAGUGCUCAGUAUUGAUUUGUAAAACAUUUUCAAAGUUCAUUGAAACUCGCUUCGCUACCUGUAAACUAUGGAAAGCCGGAACAGUCUUAAUCUUAUUUGACAAGUUUGCACUUAUACUGGCAGAAUUUAACUAUCAAUAUAUGAAUACAUUUAUUAUCAAGAAGAAUUUGUGACUACGUUUGUUAUCAGUUAGAUGUGCUUGUUUAAUGUGAUGACUUCACCUGUAUUUUCUGGAGUAUGAUAUAUCAACAUUAAUAAAUUUCAUUAACUGUUAACCUGGGUCUUAUUAGUCUCUCUGGUUUAGUUAGUUUUACGGUACACUGAAUCAACCUGGCUAUACCCUAUUUGCCCUUUCGACUACUUGAGUAAAGUUUACCAAGAGUUCUACAGUACGCAUAGCUUACCCAUCUCCGCAACACCCCUGAGUCGUAACAAUUUUUGGUGGCAGCGGUGGGAUUCAGCAAGGAAAACUUCGUCUGGAUCCUGUGAUACGAACCCGAGUCAUCAUGCAAGCUUCCAACGAAUGUGAGCCACAGGCAGUGGACAGUCAAGGCCAAAUCUUCUUUAGGCAAGCAGAACAGAAUGAAAGGUCACACAUGACAGGUACUGAGCUAGAGGAUGACAGGCUAUCUGAGGCAUCAUACCAUACCGUCGACAGAACAGAUGUAGCAGUUAACACAUCGCACUUACAGGAAAAUGAAGAAAGAUCGGCAAUAGAGCAAGUAAGCAGAAUGAUGAGAGAUGUCAGGGGGGUAUUAAGAGAUGUUGUAACAGAGUUCAAAAAUCUAAACCAGAGGCAAGGUCUACAAGCAGAUCGCGAGACAAAUGACAUGGGAUAUGCCGGUGAAGUACCUUGGCGCAUGCGGCAUGCAGGUUUGAGAAACCAAGGCAAUGGUGAUUUUCGGGCGACACCCUUUGACCAGAAUGUCAACAAUGGCUGCCCAGAGCCCAUGCCCGAGAAUCAGACCUUUCAAAGCAGAAUGCAUAACAGGCAUGCAUAUAAUGAUUGUACACUGAAUGAGAGGUUUGAACCUAGACAUGAACACGGACGUUCCUGGCAAGCACGAGGUCACGUGCCUAGAUACACUGAUGUGAAAAUUCCUCCAUUCACGGGCAAAGAGGACUGGACUGUGUGGUCUUCAAAAUUUGAGGCCAUGGCACACCGUUAUGGCUGGACUGAGGAAGAUAAGCUGGAUAAUCUACUUCCGAAGAUUGAAGGGCAGGCCAGUGAGUUUGUCUUCUCUCAGUUACCGGUGGAAAUAUUGGACAACUAUAGUGAGCUGAUGUCCGAGUUGACAAGGCGAUACCGGGUCAUAGAAACAAGUAGGUCAUUUGCCGCCAAGUUUAGCCGUAGAAACCAGAAGCAUGGUGAGACGGUGGAAGAAUAUGCAGCCGAGCUCAAACGUCUCUAUGGCAAAGCCCACGGACACAGGGACAGACACAUUCGUGACGAAGACCUGGUAAGACGUUUCCUUGAUGGCCUCCUCGACCAGGAUACGAAAUUUGAGGUCGAAUAUCACAAAGAGCCCAUGGAUAUCGACGAAGCAGUGUACCAUGUGGUGAAUUUGAUACAGACAAAGAAUGGUUGCCGAUACGAUAGGCAAGGCAGAUAUAGUUCUAGACAGGCUGAUGUUUACAAACAGGAGAACUCUAGCUGGAAACCUGAUUAUGCCAGAGAUAACACUAACAGGAAUGAAAGGCGUAUCAGAUAUGGUGAGCGACAUGUAAACAGGAUCCAGGAUGAUUCCCUCUAUGAGCUUGAAGUGGAACCAGACCACAACACAGAAAUUAUAAACAGGGUACCAAGUGAUAAGGUGCUGGACCUUAACACAAGCUGUUCAGACUUUGGUACACCUGUAGAGAAGAAGCACACUCAAGAGGAGCUAUUACAAUGCCUCAUUGAGAGAGUGGGGAGAUUAGAACAGUCCUUUGCUCGAGCCAAGGAUAGACAAACCAGAAGUGAUGUUGAAUGCUACAGUUGUCAUGAGAGGGGACACUAUGCAAGAGACUGUCCUUCCAGAGAUAGCAAGAAUUUCAUGAGUGACUCUCCAGUAGCCACACAGGAAUCAACAACAGAUGAUCCUUUAAACUACAAGGGACCGGCUCUUGCGCCCAGAGAGAGGUCCAUGUAAAGAAGAUUUCGUGUAGUUUGAAAGAGG